AUGGCCCCCAAGCUCGACCCCAACGAAAUCAAAAUUAUCUACCUCCGGGCAACAGGGGGUGAAGUUGGUGCAUCGUCAGCACUUGCCCCAAAAAUCGGUCCUCUCGGUCUGUCACCCAAAAAGGUCGGAGAAGAUAUUGCCAAAGCUACCUCUGCAUGGAAGGGUCUACGCGUGACUGUCCAGCUUACGAUCCAGAAUCGGCAAGCAGCAGUCUCCGUCGUUCCUUCUGCUUCCUCCCUCGUCAUCCGGGCGCUCAAGGAGCCUCCCCGUGACCGGAAGAAGGAGAAGAACAUCAAGCACUCGGGCAACGUCACUCUUGACGAGAUUUUCGAGAUCGCCCGAACAAUGAAGUCCAAGUCACUAUCAAAGGACAUGGCUGGCGGCGCGAAGGAGAUUCUCGGCACUGCCCAGAGUGUUGGUUGCACAGUCGAUGGCCAACCCCCACACGACAUCAUCGAUGGUAUCAACUCGGGGGAGAUUGAGGUGCCGGAUGAGUAA